AUGUCUGACCGAAUCCACACCGAGGAAACCUGCCAGACAUGGCCUUGGAGUCAGCCCGUCAUUCCCGAGGUCAGAGCGACUGCCCAUGGUUUGAUCUUGGGGUGGGCGGCAUCGCAGCCGCACUCGCUGGCUAUCAGUGCUUGGGAUGGCGAGUUGACCUACGGCGAGCUAGACAGGCUCGUCCGGCGCCUGGCCGGAUAUCUGGUGAACCACGGCAUCGGUCCCGACGAGAUCGUCCCAUUGUAUUUCGACAAGUCAUGCUGGACCAUCGUCUCUAUGCUUGCCGUUCUCCAAGCCGGUGGAGCAUUUCUUGCCCUGGACCCUGCACAGCCGAAGCAUCGACUCGCAGACAUGCUCGUUCAAACGCAAUCCCGGUUGGCCUUGACGUCGGCCAAGUACGCCGAAACCUGUCGAAAACUCGUUCCUGAAAUAUUUGAGGUGGCUGUCGAGCAGCUCAACAACCUGAAAGACCCAGAGGACUUACCGGUCGUUAGCCCCGACACGGCAGCUUACACCAUCUUUACCUCGGGAAGCACGGGAAAGCCGAAAGGGGUGGUGAUCGAGCAUGCCCAGCUGUGUACCAGCAGCCUGGCAGGCGGAAAAGCCAUGGGAUUCGACACGAGACAGCCGCGCAUGCUCCAAUUUGCAUCAUACGCCUUCGACGCCUGCAUUCUUGAGAUCAUGAACACGCUCGUCUACGGUGACUGUCUCUGUGUGCCAUCCGCUUGGGCUCGUAUGAACGGGUUGCCCGAGGCCAUGAAUCAGAUGAAAGUGACAAGCGCCUUCUUCACGCCCUCGCUGCUUCGAAAUCUCGAUCCGGGAUCUAUGGAAACGUUGGAUACCUUAAUUGUUGGUGGAGAGCGUGUGCCGCGCGAUCUGGUGGACCAAUGGGCGCCCAGUCUGAGACUAUUGGUUUUGGCCUAUGGGCCGACUGAAUGCACGGUGGCGUGCAUGGCGUUGGCUAUCAGCGAGCCAACGCCACUAUAUGAGAGUGGCAAUCUCGGACAGGCCAUCACCGGCCGCGCGUGGAUCGUCGACGAAGACGACUGUGAUCGCUUGGCGCCCAUUGGCGCGGUAGGUGAGCUGCUCAUCGAUGGGCCCGUCCUUGCCCGUGGUUAUCUACACAAUGACGCCCAAACGCAACAGGCCUUUAUCCCGUGUCCGCGAUGGAUGCCGGAGUCGAUGCACACAUCGACUGAGCGCAUGUAUCGGACCGGUGACUUGGUCAAAUACACCCCAGAAGGAAGCAUCUGCUAUGUCGGACGUCGUGAUAAUCAGGUGAAGAUUAGGGGGCAACGGCUGGAAAUGGGUGAGGUUGAGUAUCAGCUCCAGAGCUGCCUCACUGGCCUCGCUAUUGGGGUCGCAGAGGCCGUGGCCGACGUGCUCACGCCUGCCGGCAAGACCGACGCAGGGCCUAUCUUGGUCGGUUUCCUACGCAUGGCUUCAGAGACCGCAAUCAACCAGGUCGGCUACCUCGACUGGGAGAGAGAAGAAGGUGGCUCUCCCGUCAUUAUGACCUCGGAUGCUCAGCAACAACAAUUUUCGACUCUGGUUACGGACAUCAUCUCAAGCAUGACACGAGCUCUGCCGCCCUACGCUGUGCCAUCGAUCUAUGUGCCCUUGAAGCAACUUCCACUCUCGGUUUCUGGGAAGACAGAUCUUAAACGCCUGCGAAGCAUUGCUGGAGAGCUGACUGCGAGUCAGCUAGCGGGAUUUACAUGUACCACCACUGACUCGAUGUCGGACGAGCAGGCACACAUGCCCGCCACACCGGCGGAAAGACAGCUGCAGGCACUCUGGUCAAACCUCUUUCAUACCGAGCCAGAAAGCAUUAGUGUGCAGGAUAAUUUUCUAUGGCUAGGGGGUGACUCAGUCUUCGCCAUUGGGCUGGUGGCUGCGGCGCGGUCCGCCGGUCUUAUUCUGACAGUGGAGACAAUCCUGUCACACCCUGUACUGUCCGACAUGGCAGCACAUGCAACGAUAGCAAAAACUGACUCAGGAGAUGCUCCUGACACUAUUUCAGCUAUUCCUGCCUUUGCACUCCUAGAGUCAAGUGAGUGCGUGAAGGAGGUCUGUCGGCUGGCUAGUGAUCAAUGCCAAAUCGACCCGAGUCUCAUCGAGGACAUCUAUCCAUGCUCGCCCGUCCAGGAGGCGCUCAUGGCUCUCUCUAUCAAGUCUCCCAGCGCAUAUAUCAUGCAGUUCGUACACUCGCUUCCGGCGUCAAUCGACCUGGAGCGGUUCAAGGCCGCUUGGCAGAUAGUCGCCCUGCAGAACCCUAUCCUGCGAACCCGCUUUGUCAACGAUGAUGCUCGAGGGACGCUCCAAGUCGUCGUCAACGAGCAAAUACCCUGGACCAAAAUGGAUGACCAAGUCUCGCUGCAGUCCUUCCUUGUGGAGGAUCUGAACAAUUCACUACGCCCAGGUCAGCCAAUGUCUCGAUGUGCAAUCUGGCGUCGCUCCUGCAGUGAUAUUCCGGAUAGUUCAGGUUAUCACUUCGUUUGGACAGUUCACCACUCAAUCCUGGACGGCUGGUCGUUACCGCUGGUACUCUCUCGUGUACAGCAGGCAUAUCUGGAAGAGCAGCAACACGAUAUCGUCGAGCAGACCCGGGGGUUUAACAGUUUUAUCCACCAUCUGUCGACAAUUGACAUUGACGCAGCCAAAGCCUUCUGGUCCGCAAAGCUCGCAGGCGCUGCGGUGUGCGAUUUCCCAUCACUUCCGUCGCAUGAUUACCAUGCUGUGGGGAAUGCGCACCUGGAUCUUGCAACCACAAUCUUGCCCCGGAAACAGGAGUCCGGGAUCACCACCGCAACGAUUAUCAAGGCCGCAUGGGCCUUGCUUGUCGGAAGCUAUUCCAAUGUCACGGAUGUUGUCACGGGCCUGACCCUUAGCGGCCGCACAACACAGCUUCCUGGAAUUGAGUCCCUCGUUGGGCCGACAAUAUCGACCGUGCCAUUCCGAGUGGGGUUCCAGAAAGAUCAACUCAUUGUUGACCUGCUUCAGAGCAUACAGAAGGAGUACCUAGAUCUGCUGCCACACCAACAUAUUGGACUGCAGCGGAUCAGCCGCAUCAACCCUGAAACCAGGGAUACCUGCAACCUUCGCAGCUUGCUGGUCAUUCAGUCGACAGGGCAGCAGUCGAAAACGUCCUCUAACUUGCUCUCUGACACUAAGGUCAUGCCAGUCCGCCUUGACUUUGCUUUGACCAUUGAAUGUACCCUUGAAGCGGCCAAUCGAGUUCAAAUUCGCGCCAUGUACGACGAUCGUGUAUUAGAGCACGCUCAGGUCCAGACCUUGCUCGAUCAGUUCGAGCAUAUGCUCCAGCUGCUCGCGCGUGAAGAACCAACAACCCGGGUGGCGGAAGUCUGCGGUAUUAGCAAGGCGGGUAUGGCCCAGGUUCUGCAGUGGAAUGAUACGGUGCCCGAGGUAUUCGACGCCUGUUUGCACCAGCUCGUUGAUAGGCGCUGUGAAUCCCAGCCAGAGGCACCCUCAAUUUGCGCCUGGGAUGGGGAGAUGAGCUAUGGAGAGCUUGCUGAGCUUACAACCAGUCUGGCAUCUCAUCUCAUCCAACAGCAUGCCGUGGGACCCGGUGUAGUUGUCCCGGUAUGUUUUGAGAAAUCCAAGUGGACAAUUGUCGCCAUGUUGGCUGCCCUGAAAGCAGGUGCUGCAGUGGUUUGCCUUGAUCCCGAGCACCCUACCCAUCGACUGGCAACGAUUUUGCAUGAUCUAGGCGAGCCUCGUGCCAGAUGUGUUCUCACAUCAACGAAAAGCGCAGCAAUAUUUAUUGCCAUGGAGUUAGCGAACCCUAUUACUGUGGACUCUAGCCUCUUCCAGGACCUACAAGAUUCAUCUUCUCUCUAUACUCUGACGCCCGUGUCAACGGCACCUCACGAUCCUGCCCUCGUCGUCUUCACCUCCGGCUCGACAGGCAAGCCCAAGGGAAUCGUGAUUGAGCAUAAGGCCGUCUGCACCAGUCUGCGAGAGCACGGAGUCGCGAUUAAGCUGGGGACUCACUCUCGCGUCCUCCAAUUUGCAGCCUACACAUUCGACAUCUCGUUUGGUGAUAUCUUCGCCACCCUGGUUCACGGCGGCUGCAUUUGCAUCCCUUCUGCCUCAGACCGACUGAAUGAUCUCCCUGGUGCAAUCCGAUCACUAGGAGCUAACCAUGCCAGUCUGACAGCCGCAGUUAUCAACCAACUCCAACCAGCACAAGUGCCAGACUUAAGGGUCCUGGUGUCUGCGGGCGAGGCAAUGUCUAAGGACCUGGUCGAGCAAUGGGCGGACCAUGUGCAGUUGAUCAAUAUGUACGGCCCAGCUGAAUGCUCCAUCUACAGUAUCGGAACAGAGGUCAUCCAGAGGGCGGACGACCCAAGCGUAAUUGGCCGAGGAGUCGGAUCCGCGGUCUGGAUUGCCGACGUGGACAAUUCCAAUUUCCUGGCUCCCAUUGGUGCGGUUGGCGAGAUUCUGAUCGAGGGUCCAAUCCUGGCGCGAGGCUACUUGAACGAUGAUCUUAAGACUCAGGCCUCCUUUAUCAUGGCCCCGCCCUGGAUGCCCGACAACCGCUUUUCGCGAAGAUUGUACAAGACAGGAGAUCUGGCGCGGUAUACAAGCGAUGGCCGGAUCAGUUUCAUCGGCCGAGCGGACGGCCAAGUCAAGCUGCGGGGACAGAGAGUCGAAAUUGGGGAGAUUGAGUACAACCUCCGGCAUGUUCUGGCCGGAGCCGCAGUGACUGACCUCGUGGUGGAUGUCGUCCAGCUGCUCGAGCAGAAGAAGAGCGCAUUGGCGGCCUUCUUGGUACCACAUCAACAUGACAACAUUGGUAACGAAGUUGGGGAUGAUAAUGCCCAAGAUAUUAUCGCGAGCUCAGCAGAAGCACUGAACCAAUUGAGUCUACUCACCCAGGGAUUAGAAAACAAGCUCAGGGCCGUCCUGCCAGGCUACAUGGUCCCGACGGUGUUUAUACCCUUGCGACGGGUCCCUCUCUCCGGCUCAGGCAAGGUUGACCGCAAACUUCUCCGACAGCUGGCGUCCCGCCUGUCAGAGCAGGAACUGGCAUUGUUCCGGGGGCAUAGUCAAAGUGAGCGAUCUCUCACCACCAUGACAGCCCGGGAGCAACAGCUACGGGGUCUCUGGCAGAGCCUACUCGAAACCAAGAACGUAUCUUCCGACGACAACUUCUUCCAUCUUGGUGGGGACUCCAUCACCGCGAUGAGAUUAGUGGCAGCCGCCCGCAAAGAGGGACUGUCUCUCACUGUGGAACAAAUUUUGAGAUCUCCGGUACUGUCCGAUAUGGCAGAGGCGCUGAUUCCCUGCGAGCAGAAGGCCGUUGCUCUCGUGGAGCCCUUUGCAUUAUUACCGCACAACAGACAGACUGAGCUACUCGCUGUGGCCGCUUCACAGUGUGGCAUUUCUACAAGUGUGAUUGAAGACAUGUAUCCUACUACACCUGUCCAAGACUACUUCGCAGCGCCGUGGACACGGUACCAGGCACAGUGCGUCUUUAUUAUCCCGCCAAGCAUCGAUCUUGUCCGGUUCAUGGCCGCCUGGGAUGCGGUUGCCACUGCUCGGCCCUUACUGCGGACUCGCCUUAUCCAAAUCGACCCCUCGCUGCUGGGUCGCACCUCUGGCCAUGCACAGACCGUGAUAAAAGAGAACAUCCGCUGGCAACGCGAAAAAUGCUUGGAGAGCUACCUGGAGCGAGAUCGGCAAGCAAGUAUGGGAUUUGGCGACGCCCUCAACCGAUUCUGCAUCGUGGAGGAGAACAACGGUAGAGAUAGCCGACGGUUCUUCGUGUGGAGCGGUUCACACGCCUCAUACGAUGGCGUCUCUCUGGAUCUGACCUUCAAGGAUGUUGAGCGAGCAUAUCACACUGGCAGCCCACCUAUCCGUGGUCUGCAGUUCAACCAGUUCCUCAAACACGUACUCCAAUCCGACAUGAGCACCAAAGCCACAGCCUUCUGGCACUCGCAAUUGUCCGGCUUUCAGCAGCAGAAACAGCAGCCUGGUAGCACGACCCUUUGCACUGUCCCUCACGGCUAUCAGCCCAACCCGGAAACCAAACUGUGUCGUGACUUCGACGUACAGCCGAGAAAUGGCGGCCAGUCCGGAAUAACUCUAUCCACCAUGGUAGAAGUCGCCAUGGCCCUCGUCUUUAGCAGGCUCCUCGGCACCCCAGACGUAGUCUUUGCGCAGUUUCGGACCGGGCGCAAUCUUACCCUGCCAGGAAUCGAAGACAUGGUGGCACCAGCAAUGACACGCAUACCUCAUCGCAUCGCAGUUGAUCCUAGCUACUCCAUCUCGCAGCUGUUAUCGACCGCGCAGCAAGGGCUCGCGGAGAUGGGGCCAUUCGAACAUCUCGGCUGGCACCGGAUCCGGGAGAUCAGCGACGAUGCGCGAGCGGCUUGCGAUGCAGCAAUUCAUUUGACCAUCAUGGCUGGAUCGAAUUUUGUCACUGCGCAGCUCGGGGAGGAGCUCGGUUUGAAGCAGGUCUGGUCUGGAAAGACGACUCACGUGCCGUUCCGGUUUGCGGUCACCACGACGCCCGGGGGGCAUGUCAAUGCUGAUACUAAGUUCGAUUCGGGUCUUGUCCCCGUCGCGCGCAUGGACAGAAUUCUGCGGGAUUUUGAGCAGGCACUAUGCCAGCUGGUUGAGGUGGAUGAUGCGGCUAAGACUGUGGCGGAUAUUCGGUUCGAGGAUGACUGGGGGCAGGCCUCUGUACAGAGCAAUGAUGUCAGUGCUGGCUCUGCUCAAGCGCGGGCUAGGGCGAUUCAGCAAGUGGAAUGGCAAGAAGCCGGUAGUGGCAAAUAA